AUGACAUUAAUGGGUGACACAACAACAGACCCUGCUCCAGAAUACGCCCAUAACCCUCAAAACAUAUUCCUACUAGACGUCUUCCUUGGUAUCGUGUGUGUUGUGUUCAUCUCCGUGGGGAUACCCGGCAACCUGAUCCUCUUCAGACACUUCCUAAAACAGAAGAAGGAUCUCCGAACAAUCCUCUACCUGCUGAUCUCAUUUAACGACCUCCUCACCACAACAACAGCGUUCCCCUCCGCAGUCAGCUUCAUCGACCACAGGGAAGCCCACCUGUUUGGAAUCACCAUGUUCUGUCAGAGCUGGGGCCUAGUCUGGACUAUCAUCCCCUUUAUAUCAGUGUUCUUAGUGUCAGUCCUGAGUAUUACUAGGACCAUAGUGCUGAUAAACCCUCUGGUGGUGAUAAACAGGAAGUUUGUGUUGGGUAUGAUAGGGGUCUACUACUUUUACAUAGUCCUCAGAGUCCUGGUGCCUCUACUAGCAGGAGAGAUCCACUUCAUCUACUCUAGAGCUGACCUUUACUGCUGGGAUGGGGGAACGGAGUCUGAGUCUAACUGGUACUUCUACUACGAUAUAGCAACUGGGGUUCUGCAGCUAGCAGCUCCUAUCAUUCCUAUAUUUAUCAGCUGUCUUGUCUCCACCAUCACUCUCCUCAGAUCCAACAGCAGGGUCCUGGGGGAAACGUUCGGGUUCUCCAAAUCCAGCCUAAAGAAACGCCCAACAUCCCCUAAACUAUACGCUACAGUAACCAUUAUCCUGGUGACAACCAUGUACAUCAUCUUCAACAUUCCCAUCUUCGCAGCGUGGUGUAAGUACCUGGCGGACGGACUGACAGUAGAUGAGACUGACUUGUUUGCUUUUUGGUAUCUGUGGAGUAGUACUUACAUUCUGUGCACAGCCGGAAAUGCAGCUGUUAACCCACUGUUGCUGUACUGGAGAAACAGAAAGUUCAGGGACUUUGUGACUGUGCGUACUUUGAGCAAGACCGGGAUUAAGCAGGGAUUCUGUACACAACCCUCCACUGGGAGGGGGGUGUCAUAUUUUAGAGGUCCAGCGAUUGAAGUUCAGGAGUGUGAUGUUAACAGUAAUAAAACGGAUUUCAACAGCAAUCAAGUAAAUUGUACAGUGUAG